AUGGCAGCCGCUUCUGUCAACAGCCACUCUCAGGCUCAGUCUGAUUCUCCCAAGACAGAACAUGCAGCCACUUUAUCUAUCUCCUCUAAGCCAGAGGAGACAUCCAACAGUCUGGAUUCUUUCGACAACCCCCACGUCAAAGAUCUCCAGAGGAGCUUGCGCAAUGCUCUGAAGAAGCUGAACGCAACCGCGAAGGUCGAUGCUAUCAUCGCUGAGAACCCUGGUAAAUCUUUGGACGAGCUUGUUGCCGAUAAGAAGAUCAAUGUGGAUCAGAAGGCGCAGGCUUUGAAGAAACCUGCCCUCCAGGCUUCCAUCGCUCAGAUUGAGGAGCAGAUUGCUCAAUUCAAGAGUUUCGCCAGCCAUUACGAGGAGCGCCUGACUAGCCAGAAGACCGCCUUGGAGAAGACUCACAGGGAGGAAUUGGACGCGGUCCGGGAACAGGCUACCGCCGAGGCUGCCGAGGCCAGCAAGAAGGAUCUGAGACAGCGUCUGCUCAGCCUGACCAAGUUCCUUUGCGCCGCGGCCGCCAUGAGACGCUCUGGUGACGAAACUUCUGCCGAGAGCCGUGCGUUUGAAGGUGUCCUCUACCAAGUCUACGGGGGCUCUCAGGACGCCGUAAGCUCCAUGCUCAAGCUGAUCGACGGUGUGGAUGAGAAGAUCGCCAGUGUGGAGGGCGAGAUACUCGAAGUUACUUACGCCAAGGUGAAGCAGACAUCGGAGGAAUUUGCCCCUGCCACGGAAGAAGUGACCACUACUACGGAAGCACCCGCUGCUUCUACUGCCGCCUCCGAUCCUACUCUGGUCAACGCAGCUUAUACUGAACUCCAAGACGGCCCACUUGGCGCCAGUGGCGCAUCGACCAGCGAGGCAGUGGUCUCAGCUCAAACCGAUGUCCCUCCUCCCACUCAGACUCUCGUCUCCGAUGCGGCCAACCCCGUCGCCCAGUCGUCGUGGGAAUCCAAUGAACCCGAGUCCCUUGAAUCCUCCGCGAACGCUGAUGGCUGGGUGGAGGUUCCCCGCGACCCGGCAGAGACCGAAACCGGCUUGCAGGCUACUCCAGCCGCCGUUGAACCUGUACUGAAGAAUGAGUCUGCUGUCGCCGAGGUAUCUGGAAAGGGCGAGGAAACUGUGUCUGUACCCAAGACACAAAGCGGCGACGGGUUCGAACCUGUUGUCCAUCAUCAGAGGCAGCCUAGUGGUCGGGGUCGCGGUCGAGGUGGACGUGGUCGCGGUGAUGGUUUCCGCGGCCGUGGCCGUGGCGAUUUUAGAGGCCGUGGACGAGGACGCGGUGGCCGUGGUCGCGGUGGACCUAACGGUGCGCUAACUGCUGCAGCCCCUGCGGCCCAGUAA